CUAUGGUUCUGUCUGUGACGUAAGACCUAGCCAUUACUUCACAAUCUCUAUGGUAUUCCUGCAUUUCCUGAAGUUAUCGCCACCAUGAGGAUUAUUAUUGGAGGGGGCAGGGGAUUUGUUGGACAAUCACUCACACGGUUAUUACGCAGCCAAGGUCACGAGGUCACAAUCAUCUCUCGUCAACCUGGUGAUGGAAGAAUAACCUGGGAUGAUAUCUCCAGGAAGGGUCUCCCACCUUGUGACUCAGCCGUUAACCUUGCAGGGGAAAAUGUUCUGAAUCCACUAAGGAGGUGGACUGAGCAGUUUAAGCAGGAAGUUUUUACCAGCAGAAUUAAGACCACUCAGACUCUAGCUCAGGCCAUCAGCCAAUCCCAGAGCCCCCCCCGUACCUGGAUUUUACUCACUGGAGUAGGAUACUAUCCUCCCAGCCGUACACAACAAUAUACUGAAGACAGCCCUGGUGGGGAUGCAGACUAUUUAUCACGGCUAGUAAGAGACUGGGAGGCAGCAGCACAUCUGUCCCACUCAGGCACCCUCAAACCCGAUACUCAGCUAGUGAUAGUACGCUCCGGUGUGGUUUUGGGUCGUGACGGUGGUGCCCUUCCUUCUAUGCUUUGGCCAUUUCGACUGUGCUUGGGGGGGCCUGUGGGUUCUGGAGAGCAGCCUUUCCCUUGGAUUCAUAUCACAGACUUGUGCCGACUGCUUUGUCAUACAAUCGAGCAAGAAGGAAAUGUUGGUGGCAUUCUGAAUGCAGUGUCCCCGUCUUCCAUUACAGACACAAAUGCUGACUUCACUAAAGCUCUCAGCCAGGCCUUAUGGCGCCCAGCUUUCCUCCCAGUGCCAGCUCUGGCUGUCCAAGCUUUGCUAGGGCAGGACCGAGCUGUUAUGCUACUAGAGGGGCAAAAAGUUUCUCCUGAAAAGACAUUACAAAGCGGAUUUACCUUUCUGUAUCCAGAUCUGAGCUCUGCACUCGCAGAACUCCUGCCCUAAAUAUUUAUAUUAGUGUAUUCAAAUGUUAAUAUACAACUGGCAAUUGUGUAUAUGUAGCCACUGGGUAAUAAAUAUAUUUUGCAUAUUUAAAUGACUGAUCUCUAAAAUACACAAGACAGCACUGCCAACUAGCAAGGAAAUAUUUACAGUCAUCGUUCUAAACCUGCAGAAAAAUAUAUCUUCUGGCUUUUGAAAACCUUGUACAGCCUUUAUUUUGAGUAAGCUUUACUAUACAGCAUUUGAUUUUGGGUGCCCUUCAAGGUCCAUUUAAUACCACAAGGAAAUAAAAGAUGUGUUCCUCAUAGUACUUUAUAUGGUGUUCUUUUAAAUAUGUUCUACGUAUACGUAGAUUAUAUUGUAAUACCCUUAUAUUUCUCAUUAGUUUUUGUGCCACAUACGUACAGUUAGUAAAUCCACCAAUAGAGGGCUGGAUUACGAGUGGAGCGCUAUAGUUUGCGCACAAGCGAUAUAGUUUUUUUGCAGCUGUUUGCGCGCAAGCUACAUACCACUUGUAUUACAAGUUGAAAGUAAAUGUGAACUCGUGAGCACGAUCGCAAUUUAUGCUAGAAUGAUUACUGCAACUUCAGAUUUCUGGUUAACUGUUACGCUUGAAUAAAAAGUGUCACAAAACAUCACAUUAAAAA